AUGGAAGGCCACGUGGAAAACCCUAAGCCCCUUUCUCUUGCUACUGCUGCUAUCGCCGUCGCCGCCACCACCCUGCCGGCGGUGGGCUGUGCGGCGGAGCUGGGGCGCCCCCGUGGGUACCGCUGCCUCCCGCGGGCAGGCGCCCUAGUGGGCGUCGACCCCUCCGUGGGUGGUUUUGCCCGCGAGGCAGUGCCCGCAAGCGGUGCUGCCUGGCCGGGCGGCCGCCCCUACGAGGUUUUUGCCCGCGGGAGUAGCGGCCACAGGGGGAGCAGCGGCCGCAGGCGCCGCUGCCCUGCGGUGCCUCUGCUCGUGGGUCCAACACCCGCAGGCGGCUGGGUUUUGCUCGCGGGAGCAGCGGCCACAAGUGCCGCUGCCCUGUGGUGUGUCACCCCGCAGGAGCAACGGCCGCAGGCGCCGCUGCCCUGCGGCGCCUCUGCCCACGGGUCCAACACCCGCAAGCACCGCUGUUGCGUGCGGGCACAGUGCCCGCGCGCAGGGGCCUGGCCGCACGCGUCCUGUCUUGCGGCUGCCGCUGCAAGCGGCCUACUUGCACACAGAUGUGCUACCAUCUGCGACGGCAGCGAGGGUAGCAACAGUUGCUGCCCUUUCUCGCUUUUGCGUCAACGAUUUUGA